UCUUGUGCAGUUAUUAUUGAGCUAGAAUAUUCACAAGAACCAGGUUUAUAGAGGACUAAAAUCAGCUUGAGAGGAAAUCUAAAGUCAGAACUAGUUUAGAAGAUUGACAGCUCCCAGGCGUACAACACAGUUCAGACACAGUGUUGCAAAAUGGAGGACGAAGACGCGAUGUCGUCGGAUAACAGCGUGCCUUUCGGCUACGGAGCUUCAGCAUACGGCAGUGAGGCUGAAGAAGAUGAGGAAGCUGUCGAAAUCCACAGAGCGCUAGCGCUCCAGAACAUGGAGUGGGAAUCAGUCACAGAGAGAUAUGACGUGGAGCGAGCCGCAUCACCUGCUCCCAGUUAUGGAUCGAUGCACAGUGAUGAUUGGUCAGGAGCAGUGGCUGAUAAUCAGUGUAAGAUUGUGCUGCACAGACAAGACUCUUCAGCAUCAAGCUGUGGCUCUUCUUCCUGUGAUGAGAAGCCAGAAGAAGAACCCAAACAAGAAGAAAUGACACAAGAAAAACCAAGUGGUGCUCCUCCUCCUAAGCCAGAGCUAUUAAUUGAUCCUAAUGAGAAACGGCACCCUGCCCUGACUGUUGAUUUCGCCUUUAAGGUCCUCCAGAGCAGCCUGCAGCAACUUUCAAAGGAGAAUUUCAGACGCUUUAAGAGAAUCCUGUGGGAACGUUACCCAGAGUGCUUUCGAGAUCAGCUUGACAGCUUGGACAUUAUAGAUUUGGUGGAUAAAAUGUUGGAGCUCUGUGACAUAGAGGUGUCUCUGAAGAUCACACUGGUGCUCCUGUAUAACAUGAACUUAAAAAAAAUUGCUGAGCAACUGCAGGGACUGUGCAAGAGAAAUGAAGUCCGUUAUGAGUUGAAAAAUACACUGAGAAGGAUGUAUAAGCAUGUUUAUGAAGGCCUGACCCAGCAAGGACAACCUUUAGAGAACGUGUACACAGACCUUUAUAUUACAGAUGGUGGCAAAGCUGCAGUGAACAGCGAGCAUGAGUUUAGGCAGAUACAGGAGCUGCAAGAGGAUAGCCGCAGCAAGACAAAUCCACUAUCCUUCACAGACAUAUUUGAUCCUGAGGUUGUUGUGAGGAGGCACAUAAGGACGGUGAUAACUAAAGGAAGUCCAGGAAUUGGCAAAUCGUUUCUAGUUCAGAAGUUUAUCUUAGACUGGGCGGAAGGCAGAUCACACCAAGACAUCUUUUUUCUGCUUCCUCUGCCAUUCAGGGAGUUGAACCGGGUGACAGAGGAAACAAUAGGCUUCAUGGAUUUAAUCUGCAGAUUCUAUCCAGAGAUGAAAGAAGUAGAUAACCUUGAUUUUGAAGGCUGCCAGGUGAUGUUCAUCUGUGAUGGCUUGGACGAGUUCACUACGCCCAUUAACUUUCGCAACAUUGCAUACUGGUGUGACCACAAAGAGCCAACAAAAAUUGACAUUUUAAUCGCCAACCUGAUCAGGGGAAACCUGUUGUACUCUGCUUAUGUGUGGGUGACCACUCGACCCGUAACAGUCAACAUCAUCCAUGCAGAAUUCAUCCACCAGUUAUUAGAGGUUCGUGGGUUUUCAAAUGAACAGAGAGAAGCCUACUUCAGGAAGACAAUCCCUGAGAAGGAGAAUGCAGAAAGAGUCAUUGCUCACAUCAAGUCCAACAAGACACUCUAUAUUAUGUGCCACAUGCCACAGUUCUGCUGGGUGGUGCGCAUAUUGCUUGAGAGGGCUCUCCAACGUGGGGAAUUUCCCAAAGGUCUUACCCUUUUCUACACUUACCUGCUGCACCUGCAUAUAAAGAUACGAGGAGAGAAGCUGCUGUCACAAGACCCAGAGUUCUUCAUGAAGCUUGGGAAGAUGGCUUUCCAGCUACUUGAGAAUGAGGUGUUCAGGAUCGAGAAAGAGCACUGGACAGAGUACGGUCUGGAAGCUGAAGAUGCCGUGAUCACCGCAGGCCUCUGCACACAGUUCAACCGUGAGAAAUUUAUGAUGUAUCAUGAGAAAGUGGACUGCUUCAUUCAUCCAACGAUGCAGGAGUACUUGGCGGCUCUUUACGUCUUCCUUUCUUUCAAGAACCACAAGAAGAACAUUCUGGAAGGUCAAAAUUUUAAAGUGUUCUCAGGCUCAAAAGUGGAUCUUGUGGAUUUGCAUAAGAGUGCUGUAGACAAAGCAUUACAAGCCCAAAAUGGCAACUAUGACCUCUUCCUACGUUUUCUCUUGGGCAUGUCAGCAGAAGCCAACCAGGAGCUGCUUGGCAUCUUGCAUUCCAGCAUAGGGUCUUACCAGCAAGCUCAGGAAAAGACAGCAUCCUACAUCAAAAAGAAGAUCAAGAUGCAUCCUGAUAGGCUAGAAAACCUUCAGAGAUGCAUAGAUGAACUUUUCUCUUAUCCAUAAAGGCACGGAACUGAUUUUACUACAUUCUUUUAUGUAUUGGACAUGGCAGAGAACAGUUUAAUCAGAGUAUCUGUGAAUAUACACCAGCUAAAAAUUUAUUGACCAUAGCCAAUCUGUUGCUGUGUAGUUUGGACUAUUCUCAGCACAAUAAACACACUGACAUGGUAUUGGCAUGAUAGAGUGUAUGGUGCUGCUGAGAGUAUCAAGUGCAGCAGUGUUACAGGUUUUUAAGCCACAGUGUCAAUGCUUGGUUGUGAAACUUUCCACCAAUCAAAAAUAACAGCAUUGCUGUGGCCGGAAACUGAUACGGAUGGAAUUGUACAUGGAAACUACAGAUACUUCUCAUUUCCUUAAUUGUACCUCCUUAUUUCCUUUCCUUGUUUGAUAGCUCCUCACUCAGAGGAGUCAAAGGAAAGGAAAGUACAGGAAAUGAGGACAGGAGGAAUCAAGAACAAACAUAUUUACCAGAUAAGAUUUUUCUAGCUCAUUGAAGCAUCACUUUAAGGUGAAUUGACUUAUGUAAGCGGGUUGAUGUAGUGACACUUGCUAAUUAAAAUCUUGUUGAACAUGUACAUUACACACUUACCUAUUGAUGUAUUAGUCUAAACAAGAUUCUACUCAUCAUCUGGCUUCUCAGUUUUUAAAGCAAGGGAUAUUAAUUGACUUUCAUCCAAGGAUUUUAUUGGUACCCAUUGUUUAUUUAAGAUUGUGUGUGGUUCUUAUUAAUGUAUCAUUUAUUGGAAUCGGUUGUUUUUUUUUUGGGGGGGGGGAGGUUUACAUUUAUAACAUAGGCUUAAAUGCCACACACUAAAAUAAAAAUGAUUUCUGUUUAGCAGUCAUUUAUGUGUCCUUGAUCCAAAAGCCUCCUUUCUCCUCAUUCCUAGAUUCAGAGUGCAUUUUAAGAAAAAGUACUUUAGACUGAGAGAUUUCAGAGUCACAGGCUGAAGGAAUCAAGAAGGCAUCAAAUUCAAGCUUUUGAAUUAACCUUAGCUGUUUACCUACAAUAUAGCUUUAAUUGAUAAAUUGGCUAGAAGUGUGCACAAUGUUUAAAAGCCCUACUACAGCAAAUAUAUCAAAUGAUAUCUCAUCGCUGGUAGUUCUGUUGCAGUGAUGUUUGAGGUAGAGGAGAGCUGACAAAUUGCAACAGAUGAGUUACAGUAAGAAACUGUAGACCCACAAAAUUACCAUUGUAUAUGGUAGGAUUAAACUGGACACAGAGUAUCUAAGCUCACAGAUAAAAACGCACGCUGAGCAAUGUUUCUAAAUAGGUAAACAGCAUGUAUGCAAAAACAGUAAACCAAAUUUUAAAUAAUUUAAACUGUCACAGCCAGUUCCAGGGGUGAGAAAGUACAGGAAAAUUAUACUUAAGUGAAAGUAUGAAUCGGACUGGUUACCUUAAGCAAAUGUUUAAGCUGUAUAAAAGAUAUUUGGAUGAUCAUGAUUGUCCUCACUAUUUGACAUGUUAAUUUCAUUUCCAAGUAGAGGUAUUCAUUUUUUUUAUUAUAUUAAAGUGAAUUAAUGGCCAGUUACCAAUGAAGCUGAAAGACUGCAGGCACAAAUCUGCAAAAAAAAAAAAUACUUCUCCACAGACAAUACCUCUCUCUUGAUCCACUAAAUUUCAAUAUGUUUAUACACAUAUGGUUAUGAACUACUAAACACAAUUCUUUGCUUUAAUUUGUGAAAUGUUUAAGGGAAUCUGCUUAAUGUCUUGCAGCUCAGCACAAGUUGUGAAGUGUGGAAUGCAUGUAACUUCUUGUAUGUGCUAUUUAAGAAAGUAAAACUAUUUUGCAAGAAGCAUUUUGAAAAAUCAAUAGCUUAUUUCACAUUCUUCUUAAGGAAUUAGACCACACUAAGGGAAAAAAAUUCAAACAAUCAGCACUUAAGAAGCUUUUUCGGUUUGUCUGUCUGGGGGAAGCCUUAAAGGUUCUAUGUUGAAUAUACAGGGUUUCCAUCAGAAAAGGUUCCCUGGU